AUGUUUUAUAUCGAAAAAAUUGAGCUCUUCCAUGAAAAGGAAAGGGCCAGCCCGGCGGGUAACAGCGGGCAACGUAGACCAUCUCGAUCACCGCGCAGUCAACGAAGCCGCAGCGCGGACGUAGACUGCCUGAAGAAGUACACGGAGCGUCGCGUGGAGGAGCGUCGACACACGGAGAUCGGCGACACCAACAAGCUCGACACCACGAGGUGGAUGCCGCUACCGAGGAAUGUGCCGAGGGGUCAUCAGUCGGGUGCCAAGAGGCCGUCGCGUGACGAGCGGCAGGAGAGCGUCGACGAGACGACGGCGGUCGGCGAGAAACGAUCCCCGCCGUGCGAGAAUCGAUUCCCCAGAAACGAGCUCGAGGCUGCGGAUCGACCUCAACUCGCCGGCAGAAGCCACAGCACCGAUGUGACCGCCCUAAAGAGCGUGGAGAAGCGCAGCAUCACCGAGCAGCGCCGGCACACGGACUGCAGCGAUCCGCGCACUAUCGCCACGAGGUGGAUAGGACAAAAUAACGAAACGAAGUUUUACCGAGAGAUAUCUCCCUUGGCUAGAAUCGGCUGUGAGAUCACGAAGAGCGCGACUACCCGGUGGAUGACGUUCGUCAAAAAUCCGUCGCCCAGUCCCAUACCAAGAGUGAAUUCCGAAAGGCGAAGUUCCAAGGAGUACGACAGAAAGGACGAGGAAGAGCACAAGGACUCGGACUCCUCCAAGUGGCAGCCUUCGAGAAAGUUUUCACCGGCGAAAAGCGAGAAAGGACAUUUACAGAGGCAAGAUGAAAUAGAUAUCAGAGACCGCUCCUCGAGUAUCGCCGAUGCGAACGAACGAGCGAACAAACUUAGCCAACGUAUGCGAGAUUUGUACGAUUUCAAGACGGAGAACGAGUGGCCGAAACGGGCGGGAUCCUCCCCGCGCGAGAACUCGUGGAUCAGUAAAAGCAGCAGCGAGGAGGAGAGGAAUAAUUAUCAGCCGGUUCGCAGGAACAGUCAAGAUCUGGAAUUCAACGAUAGAUUCGAUGGGUUCAAACUGAAGGCACAGCACGAGGAGGACAGACGAAGGCCGCAGCGCAGCACUCACGACGCCAGCGAGGUAUUCGACGACACGGAAGACGAGCGUCUGCGAAGGUUCAACGACCGGGUGCGAUACUGCGAGGACCGCGGCAAGGUACGGGCGCGCGGUCGCGAGCGGCGCACCUACUCGGACGAUUAUGACGAGAAGGUCCGACGGGAAUCCCGCUUGACCCGGCACUCGGAACCGCCGCCGAUCAAGCGGGAUCGGCCGGAAGCGCCGUUGGCGAUCAAACGGCUGGCGGACAAGGAGAACAAGCGGAACUCGGACGUGAGCAUGAGAUCGCGCGACUCCCGCGUCAGCUACGCGGAGAUCGAUUUCCAGAAGAGGGACUCGCGUCCGAGCGACGCGAGCUACGCCAGUGUGACCCUCUGCAAGAGAGGUAGCGUCGAGUGCAGGAGCACGCAGAAGAUCCUCGAUGCGCCGCCGAGGAGGGCGUUCAGCCAGAGCGACGAGCGGCCGGCUACUCCGGUACCGCCGAUCGAGUUCAACGACGAACGAUACGUCCCCAAAAAGCUCCCCGAGUCACCAAAGAGGGACAGUACUAGGUACAAAGUGUACCUUACGUAGGGAACGCCUUCGAGAGAGGGCAGUUCGCGAAGCGGACGCCACUUUCUCGAUUACCGAUAUGAGAUGUUCGACUAGGCGAUUUAUACGUCGACGAGAUAGAAGUACAAAUUUGGAAAUAUGAUUUGGAAAUAUGAGAGGGAAAGAUGUGUGUGUGGAAUAGAUAUGUGGGCGGAGGCAUAAUAUCACAGGGUCGUAAUUGUAAAUACGUGUGUCACGAAAAAUUCAUUUGUACAGCGAUAACCAAUGUCAAUUCUGUGUGUUGGACAGUGUCCGUCAUUCUUGUUGAAUAAAUGGCGAAUAAGUUAUAAGAUGUAGACAACUCACACGUAAAAGGAGUGAAAGGGAGUUGUUGUUUAUGGAUAACUGUUAAACAUUCAGGUGUUUGCUGUGUUCAUUGUAGAAUAAUGCGAUGUUCUAAACGGAUGGAUGUACAACAAAUAUUUCCGAUUACGGAAUUUACGAUAAUGACAGCCGAUCGAGCGCGAUAAUCCGAAACAUAAAAGUGUUUGUAACUGGUUUAUAAUGAGUUACGUACAUAAAAAGUUUCCUAUUCGUGUUUUUCAUGUCACUGUUCAAAGCGUAACUGCGAUAUAAUUAAUAUUGUACGAAUGAUGUAACGCAAAGUAUAUAAUAAAAUAUUCUUGGAAGAA